UUAGGUUUUAUCCCUAUGAUUUGGAUCAAGAGUUAAGCCUGUCUGAAUUUGAAAAUGAAAAUAUAGUACUUGCUACUAGAAAUUUUCACAUUAUUGAAGAUAUUAAUAAAAAUAGCAAAAAAUAUCCUUUUGACUCUAAUGAUAUACUUGUAUUUCCAAUAUUAAUUAAUAUAACAGCAUUAGUUCAAGAAGAUUCAAAAAUUGAAAAAGAUAAU